AUGCCAGAGAGACGUCUGUCGCGUCUGCUCAAGGCCAAGCUGUUGCGACGAUCAUCGACGCCCGCCGUUCCAAAAGCGGGCAACGGGGCGGACCCGCGUGCCCACCCAAACUCAACCUCUCGCACCUCUUGCGCUCCGCACCUCUUCGACUCUGCGAGCGACAAGUCCCCAUACAGCGUCGUCUCCUCUGCAGCUGGUCACUCCUCCGACGAGAUCGGCCCUGGCCCUGGCCCCGAUCAGCACGAUCCGCACGAGGGAGAGACACACAAGCCCGGGCCCCGAGUCGAGCCUAAGCCACCCACUGGUUCACCUCGACCAAAGGACCAGCUCCAGCAUCGCCACGCGUCAGAACACAGCGCCUGUACCCCGCCGCCGACUGAUCCAAAUCUCUCUUCACAGCACACACCCCUCUCCGAAGAGUCUCCUUCGCCCUUCGAAAGCCCCCUACCAACACCACAGCAUUCCGACGAUACCUCCUUCAAGUCCGCGCUGGUCAAUGUCCGUGGACCGACUCCCGUGGACAAUCAAUUGACCCCGAUCCUGGACACUGUUGUUGAGAAGAUCACGGACGAUCGCAGACCCUCGUCAACCUUCUUUCCUGCCUCGUCAACCAAGCGCCCCAGUAUUGCCAUCCGUCGACAGUCUCUUCUUCCCGCGUCACAUCAGCACUUGAUCAGCGGGUUGUUGGAGCAGAGCCUCUUCUCAUUUACGGGUGACCAAGGCAGCAGACGCGUCCCGGAAGCUGCUGCCGAGAUGGUUCAUCGCCGAAUUUGGGUCAAGAGGCCCGGUGGCUCGGCCACCUUGGUGCCGUGCUUGGAAGAUGCAGUGGUGGACGAACUGCGCGACCAGGUGAUUAUGAAAUACGCCAACUCUCUGGGACGGUCGUUUGAUUCCCCCGACAUUGUCAUCAGAAUAUCAGCCCGAGAAGGCUCAAACCGGCAGCAAACACCAGAGCGCCUCUUAAGCCCGGAGGAGGUCCUAUCAUCUGUUCUCGACACAUACUAUCCAGGAGGUCAAACGGUAGAGGAGGCGUUGUUGAUUGAUGCGCCCACUCGCCGGACUCCCAAACCAUCGCCGCGUCAUUCAAUCUACCAUCACCAUCAUUCGGAACCCGGAGAGCACGGUGACUAUUUCCCGCUCAUGCCCGUGAACCCGAAGGGGCCUACACCCCCAGCCCACCCAUCGAGUUCAGGCGCCGCGAAUGCACCCUCCAUUUCCAUCCUCACAACCGGCGUCGCGCCAGCAUUACCGUCGCCUGGCAGCCGUGGGACACGACAUCACCGUCGGCCACCCCUCACACGGCAUACAACAAAUUCACCGGUAAUCCUUGGCCAACCCCCCUGGGAAGCCGGCAUAUCUCCCCAUUCCCAGCCUCCUCCUACCGCUCCAGCACAGCCAACGCCGCCUGCCGUGGGCCCCGAGUCUCCCCAGGCAAAGUCGCACACACCUCCAGCACCUGUGGCAUCUCCGCGGACUCUUCGGAAGUCAAAGGUUACUUCAUCACCUGGCGCAGUAUUCGGUGGGUUGAUUGAUGGCACCGUGCCUCCCAUCAACGUUCUCAUCGUCGAGGAUAAUAUUAUCAAUCAAAAGCUCCUGGAGGCGUUUAUGAAGCGACUGAGUGUGCGUUGGAAGUGCGCCGCCAAUGGUGAAGAGGCAGUACGGAAGUGGCGGCAAGGUGGAUUUCACUUGGUGCUGAUGGAUAUUCAGCUGCCGGUUAUGAAUGGACUGGAUGCUACCAAGGAGAUCCGCCGCCUUGAGCGACUGAACGGGAUUGGCGUUUUCUCCAAGACAGCCUCUGGCCGUUCCAGUGCGUCCAGUACUACUGCCUCCCCACUGGAGAAAAGACCGGGCCUGCAGCGGUCUGUGAGUGAGGAUGAUACGUUGACCGACCUCUCGUUGUUCCGGAGUCCGGUCAUCAUCGUUGCCUUGACAGCUAGCAGCUUGCAAAGUGAUCGUCAUGAGGCCCUGGCUGCAGGCUGUAAUGAUUUUUUGACCAAGCCUGUAGGAUUCCCGUGGCUGUCACAAAAGGUGACCGAAUGGGGCUGCAUGCAAGCCCUCAUCGACUUCGAUGGCUGGCGAAAAUGGCGUGGAUUCCAGGACUCGCCUCGAUCCUCAUCCCCCAACUUCGACGGCGCAGCAAGUCCAAUGCAGAUGGGCAGUCACAGCGAAGCUCAGUCAAAACAGGGUCCUGCAUCACCAUCAAUACCUCGCACCAACUCUAAGUCUAAGGCUUCCCGCCAUAAGAGGCCUCGUUUGCCCGAUGCCGCGGAAGUCAUGCGCGAGGAUUCAUGGGGCAGUGGCAGUGGCGACACUGUCGAUUCACCUACGAGCCUCGAGACAACCCCAGGGGAUAUUGAUAUACAGCCACCUGAUGACGUUGCACAUUCUGCGCCGAAUGCGCAAUGA